AUGAAGUUCACAUCCAUCCUCAUCGGCCUCGCAGCCACCGCCAUCGCAGCACCCCUCUCUAAGCGCGCCGUCUUCUCCCAAUCAUCCUACGACGAUCUCUCUAUUAGCGGCGGCACAGCCGGCAACGCCGAACAAGAAGCCCUCCAGAAACUCGGCGGUCUCCCCAACGAUCUCUCAACAGUCGAAAAAUCCGAUCUAGACUUUUUAAACAGUGUCAAUCAGAUCGCCAACGAUGCUGAGACUGACGCAUUCAAUCCUGCUAUUGAGGCAGCUUCUGGUGAAGAGGCUGAUGCUCUCCAACGUGGCAAAAUCAAGAACAAGGUCUUGAAGCUUACCGCUACCAUUCUGAAGCUUGAGGCUCAGAAGGCGCAGGGUGACGAUGUUGAUGAGAAGUUGGAGGAGGAGAACAAGAAGUUGCAGAACAACAUUGCUCAGGAUCAAGAGGCUGCUGGUCAGGACUCUACAUUCCUGUCUUUCAAUGCUAGCACAUAA